AUGGCUAAAGCGCCUGCUGUUGGUAUUGAUCUUGGUACUACGUACUCUUGUGUCGGUGUAUUUCAACACGGUAAAGUAGAAAUCAUCGCCAACGAUCAAGGAAACCGAACUACUCCAAGUUAUGUCGCCUUCACGGACUCUGAGCGUUUGGUGGGCGAUCCUGCUAAAAACCAAGUCGCUAUGAACCCUAUGAAUUCGGUGUUUGAUGCCAAGCGGUUGAUUGGGCGUCGCUACGAUGAGUCCUCAGUUCAAUUGGAUAUGAAACAUUGGCCAUUCAAGGUCAUAAAUGUUGGAGGUCGUCCUAAAAUUGAGGUCGAAUAUAAGUCAGAGAAAAAGAAUUUCUUUGCUGAAGAGAUCUCUUCUAUGGUACUAAACAAAAUGAGGGAGACUGCUGAGGCCUAUCUUGGUAAGAAAAUAACUGAUGCAGUCAUCACAGUUCCAGCUUACUUCAACGAUUCUCAGCGUCAGGCCACAAAGGAUGCUGGUGUUAUUGCUGGGAUCAAUGUAAUGCGAAUCAUCAAUGAGCCUACAGCAGCUGCCAUUGCAUAUGGAUUAGAUAAAAAAGUUGGUGCCGAAAGAAACGUCCUCAUCUAUGAUCUUGGUGGUGGAACCUUUGAUGUCUCUGUUCUUGCCAUUGAGGAUGGUAUCUUUGAGGUCAAGUCAACUUCUGGUAACACUCAUUUGGGUGGAGAGGACUUUGAUAACAACGUUGUUGAUCACUUCAUUGAGCUCUUCAAGAGAAAGCACAAGAAAGACAUGAGCACCAACAAACGAGCUGUAAGGAGACUCAGGACAUCAUGUGAGAGAGCCAAGCGUACCCUGUCCUCAAGUUCUGAAGCAUACAUUGAAAUUGAUUCCUUAUUUGAGGGAAUUGAUUUCUCUGAAAAACUCACUAAGGCAAGAUUUGAAGAUCUUAACAAAAAAGAAUUCAGAUCAACUAUUGAACCUGUUGACAAGGCCCUUCGUGAUGCUGGACUCGGUAAAAAUGAAAUCCAUGAAAUUGUGUUGGUUGGUGGAUCCACUCGUAUCCCCAAGAUCCAAGAAAUUCUGUCAGAUCAUUUCAACAAGAAAGAGUUGAACAAAUCUAUCAACCCUGACGAGGCUGUUGCAUAUGGUGCUGCUGUUCAGGCCGCUAUUCUUCAUGGCGACAAAGAUGAGACUGUCCAAGACUUGCUUCUCCUUGAUGUUGCACCCCUUUCUCUUGGUCUGGAAACAGCUGGAGGUGUGAUGACAUCUAUUAUCAAGCGAAAUACUACCAUUCCUACUAAACAAAAUCAGAUCUUCACUACCUACUCUGACAACCAGCCUGGUGUACUCAUUCAAGUCUAUGAAGGUGAACGUGCCCUUACCAAAGAAAACAACCUUCUUGGCAAGUUUGAGUUGACAGGAAUCCCACCUGCACCCCGUGGAGUACCUCAGAUUGAUGUCACAUUUGAUGUUGAUGCCAAUGGUAUUCUCAAUGUGAGUGCUGUAGAUAAGAGCACAGGCAAGGAGAAUAAGAUCACAAUCACAAAUGACAAAGGGCGACUGUCCAAGGAGGACAUAGAACGUAUGGUCCAAGAAGCGGAGAAGUACAAGGAUGAGGAUGAAAAAAUCAAAGAAAAAAUUCAAGCCAAGAACUCCUUGGAAAGCUAUGCAUAUAACAUGAAACAGACCAUCGAAGAUGACAAGGUCAAAGAUAAAAUCCCAGAAGAUGAGAGACAGAAGGUAAUUGACAAGUGUAAAGAAGUGAUUGACUGGCUUGAUGUCAACCAAUCUGCUGAUAAGUCUGAAUAUGAUGCUAAGCAGAAAGAGAUUGAGCAAGUAUGUAGUCCUGUGAUAACCAAAUUGUAUCAAGGUGCUGGAGGAGCAGCAGGAGCUCCCCCAGGUGGCUUCCCAGGUGCACCAGGAGGUGAUGCAGCACCAGGYGGUGGUGGAUCAUCAGGACCUACCAUUGAAGAGGUUGACUAAAUCUGGAGGACAUUUUGAUAAUUCUGAGUGAACAGUUUUGGCUUAACUUCCUUAUUCAAAACACUUUAAGUAUGCAUAUUGACAUUUCCAUUGUUUUGCGUUACCUCUCAAUAGUGCUUAGUGCAGUAUAGUUAGUGUUUGUACUGCUUCAUUGUUUGUAAGAAUCUAUUGGAACACUUCAGUUAUUGCUGUGCAAACCUUUUCUCAGUUAAUUUGGAAAAUAAAACUUUCCCAACAUUGUGCAACCAGAA